AUGGUGUUCUUCUGCUUCCUGGUGGACCAGCGGCGGAAGGUGCGGAGCAGCAAGCCGGCGGCGGGGAUCUGCUCGCGCUGCGGCGGCUGCGCCAGCGUGGCGGACAUGGAGACGGCCACGCGGCUCUGCUACCUCCUCACCGUGCACCGCGUCACCUGGCGCGCCAUCAUCUGCACCUUCUGCGGCGCCAUGCUCAAGUCCUACCGCCACUACCGCCUCUACUAG